AUGUCUAACGACGAUGAUUCCGGCGGAUGGCAGCUGACAGAAUCGGAUCCGGGUGUAUUCACUGAGCUUCUGAAAACGCUAGGCACCCCAUAUAUCGUGGACGACCUCUACUCCCUCGAACCCGAGUCCCUGGCCCAGCUCCAGCCCAUCCGUGCCCUCAUCUUUCUCUUCAAAUGGCUUCCUACGUCUGGAACCGAACCCCGCCCCACUGCAGGCCAGCCUAACACAGACUUCACUGGUUUCUUCGCGCACCAGACCGUCAACAAUGCGUGUGCAACGUUGGCCGUGAUGAACGCACUCGGCAACAUCCCUUCCCUCGUGUCAGGGCCCCAGCUCGCUGACCUCUUCAGCUUCACCGUUGGAAUGGACCCCCAAACGUGUGGCAUGGCCGUAACCAGUGCUGAUUGGCUGCGAGAAGCACACAACUCCCUCUCUCCACCCAGCGCUAUUUCUCUCGAUGGCCUUGGCCUUCCUAAAACAAGCGAAGAUGCUUAUCACUUCGUGGUAUACCUGCCAAUAAACGGCCAUGUCUAUGAAAUGGACGGGCUCCAACAACACCCGCUGAAACAUGGCGCGUAUCAGGAUGGCGGCGAAGGCUGGUUAAGCGUUGCGAGAGAGGUGAUCGAGAAUCGUAUAGCGACCUAUCCGACUGGUGCACUUGAGUUCAGCCUACUUGCCUUGAGAGACGAUCCAAUCCCUCAAAUGGAAGCUCAACUCAGGGCAUGUCAGGAAUCCGGCCGCGAGUCGGACGCCAACGAAGUCAUGGUGAAGAUUUCGAACGAGAACUCAAAACGAGAGAGAUGGGCGUUCGAGAACUCUCUACGUCGGCACAACCACAUGGGCAUGGUUCAUGCCCUUCUCUUAUCUCUUGCAAAGGCAGGAAAAUUGGAGGGGGCGACGGAGAGUGCAAAGAAAGCCAUGCAGGAACGCAUGGCAAGGCGGAGAGAGAUGGGUAUGAGUGACAUGGAUGAGGAUUGA